AUGAUGAUAACAUGUUCAAAAUGUUUUCGUUUAAAUAAUCCUAGUGCUCGUUUUUGUGAUUGGUGUGGUGCAUAUCCUGAUCAUGCAUCUACAUCAAUACAAUGUACAAAAUGUCAUACUAAUAAUGAUUCAUUUGGAAAAUGUUUUUCAACAUGUGGAUGUGUUCUUGAACCACCAUUACGUAUUAUUCCCUCGACUGGGAAUGGGUUUUGA